AUGGGCUCAACCGGACCUGCCAUCACGCUUUACACCAACCACCGCUGCCCCUGGGCCCACCGAGCACACAUCGUAAUCAAAGAACUCGGCCUCCCAUACGACGAAGUCAUCAUCGACCUCGACAAGCCCCGUGAGCCCUGGUACCUAGAAGUCAACCCACGCGGCCUGGUCCCCUCCAUAAAAUACAACAACCAAAUCCUCACCGAAUCAAGCGUCGUAUCCCGCUUCCUCGCCGACGCAUACCCAUCUCACCUCGUCCCCAACACCGGCGACGCAGAUGCAGCAUUCAAACGCGCCCGCAUCAAUUUCUUCGUAGACACCUGGUUCGACAAGAUCAACCCCUUCCUCGUCAAGGACUACCUCGCCAAGUUGAAGAAGGAGAUCGAGCCGCUGUUGCAAGAUGCAGCGCCGUUCUUCGGGGGAAGUGGGAAGAUCACGUUGGCGGAGGCGUUGACUGCGCCGUUUGUGGCGAGGUUGUAUAGUUUCGCGGGGAAUGGAUUGUUGCCGGGGUCUGUAUUGGAGGGGUUCGAGAGCCAGACUCCUAAGUUCGAUGAGUGGGCGAAGAAAGUAGUUGCGCAGGAGAGUGUUAACUAUAUCUAUGAUGAGCAGGCUAUUAUUGCGGGCACGAAGAAGCGGUUGGGGAUUGGUGCGAAGGUCUAA